UUCGACGCUUGUUCUUGUUCGGUCCUCAGAGUAUGCACCACUCCAGUGAAUAUUAGUUUGUGACUACACGGCUAUUUUUGCGAAAGUGAAAUUGGCCGUUGUUUUGUUUUUGGAGGAAAAAAAUCGAUAAAUUCCUCGAAAAGGCAUCGCUACAAACGAAUAUUUUCCUUUAACUCAAAGUGAAAAAAUAGGAUUUAAAUUUUAAAAUGGUAUUUUCGCGGGUUAGCGACGCCUUCACCGGUCCCCUGGGCAGUGGCAAUGCAUCGGUGGUGGAUAUGGUUCCACAGGACAUGCUGUACUUGGUAGAUGAUUAUUGGUACCAAUUUCCUCCGAUGAACCCUCUCUGGCACGGCAUCCUGGGCUUCGCUAUCACAAUUACCGGAAUCCUUUCGAUGGUCGGGAAUUUUGUCGUCAUUUUCAUCUUUACUACGACGAAAGCCUUGCGGACACCUUCCAAUCUCUUCGUAGUGAACUUGGCAGUUUCUGACUUCUUGAUGAUGUUGACUAUGUUCCCACCAAUGGUCAUGAAUUGCUACUACGAGACGUGGGUCCUUGGACCCCUAAUGUGCGAGAUUUACGGGAUGUGUGGAUCGUUGUUUGGAUGUGUUUCGAUUUGGUCGAUGACUAUGAUCGCCUUCGAUCGAUACAAUGUCAUUGUCAAGGGUCUGGCAGGAAAACCUUUGACCACUAGUGGAGCUUGCGCAAGGCUGGCUUUCGUUUGGACCGCAUGCUUCAUAUGGACACUGAUGCCAUUGUUUGGAUGGAAUCGUUACGUGCCUGAGGGUAAUAUGAGCGUGUGUGGAACUGAUUAUUUGACCAAGGACUGGACUAGCCGAUCAUACAUUUUGGUUUAUUCAUGCUUUGUGUAUUUCACUCCAUUACUUUUGAUUAUCUAUUCAUACUACUUUAUUGUUAAGGCUGUUUCUCAGCAUGAAAAAAUCAUGCGUGAGCAAGCGAAAAAGAUGAACGUCGCCUCAUUGCGAUCAACUGAGGAAGCUAGCAAGAGCAUCGAAGCAAGGUUGGCGAAAAUUGCCUUGUUUACCAUUUCGUUAUGGUUCUUUGCAUGGACUCCUUAUUUGAUCAUCAAUUACACUGGCAUCUUCGAAACAAUGAAGAUUUCACCAUUGAAUACCGUAUGGGGAUCUCUGUUUGCCAAGUGUAAUGCAGUCUAUAAUCCAAUUGUUUACGGAAUUAGUCAUCCAAAAUAUCGACAAGCUCUCUUCAAGAGGUUCCCGUGCCUCUCUUGUGGUGCAGACGAAGACCAAUCAGACAUACCCUCUCAAGCUACAACGCAAGAAAAGCAAUCAAUUGCCCCGUCGAAUGCAUAAUUUCAUACCUUUGGAUAAGUUUAAGGAGACAAUGGGUUAUGGCGGAUCUUUUGUUUUUUAAUUUGUAAUUUUGUUAUUGCGACCUUACGAUGAAAAUUUGGACAGAGAAACCUAAUGGAAAUGAAUAAAUGUUAGCAUGCCUCUAGAUGA